AUGGAGAGCUUUGGCCUGCCCACUGCUUCCAUUAGGACCGUGCACUGUGGCACCAGGACAAAAAGCCCGGAGGCCCCAUGCCGCUGUGGCCCUGCCAGCCUGCCAGCCCCACCAAGCAGCAAGCUCCCUGCCCACACCCGCACCAUCUACCGGCCCUGGUUCUCGCCCUACAGCUACUUCAUGUGCACCAAAGGAGACGCUCAGCAGCACCAGGACGGCCCCUUCUCCAGCCUGGCCACCAGCACCCAGGAGCGUGAGGAGCCUGAUGACCUCUUGGAGAUAGUCUGCUCCUCCUCUGACUCCUCAGAUGAGACCCAGCUACCCAAGAGGGACAGGCUGCCCAGUAGCAGAGCCAGCAUCACAGUCCAGGACAUCCUUGCUGCUUCCCAGCAGCACCCAGUGUCUCAGAACGGCUACCAGUGCGUGUCAUGUUGCUGCAUGUUCCCCACGCUGUGGUCGAUCAAGACCCACAUCCAGAACAGCUCUCAGGAGGGCUACGGCUGUAAGGUGUACUACCGCAGGCUCAAGGCCCUGUGGGAGAAGGAGCGCAUGCUGCAGGAGGCUGCAGCCCCCGGCGUGUCCAUGUAGCCCCGCCAGCCGGGCUGCCGCCGCGGGAGGGCACUGCUCCUUCGCUCCUGUCAGCGGCAGAAUAAAUCGCUCCAGGAGCAGCCAGCCCUGCCUGCCUGCUGCUCUUCACUACACAAUCCUUUAA